AUGGAGGUCCAACAAAAGUCAAAAAGCAUCCAGAUGGAGCCAAUAUGCUACCCUGAGAUGAUAGUAAAAGAUUGCCUGGACUACACCUGUGCUGCCAUUGCUGAGUUGGACACCUACUUGCCAUACUCUGAAGUUGAAGGGAGUGGAGCUGCCAGUUACAGGGAAAUCCAGGAGAUCCACAGAUAUGUAGACUGCCUCUUGCAUAACUUAACCACCGUUGGGGAGUUGGGACCAUGGAGCUUGGGGGCAAUUUUCAGACUACAUCCCAACUACAUCUACCAUCCGUCCUACCUGCCUACUACCGCUGGUCUCCUGCCAAUGACACACUCUCCCAUCAACCAUGCUGCUGCACUGGCAUCUGCAGGCCAGCAGGCAUACUUUGACUAUGCCACUGCUGCAGCCACGUACCCAGGAAGCUACCAGGCAGCUGCUGCAACCAGCAUUGAGCCGUAUGCUGCAGCUGUGUCUGCAGCCUCAGCGAUGUCUCAGUAUGCAGCUGCCAUGCCUGGUUAUUCUUGGUCGUUACCACCUGCAGCUUCUGCUGCAGCUGCAGCAGCUGCAGGAACCAUCCCUCUCUCACAUUACCAGCCUGCCCAGCCCCAACUGCAAGAGGCUCGAAUGCAGUAGAGUUGCUCAAUGACUCCAUGAUGAGAAGCAGCUGGAGAUUUACUAGUGCUGGCACUAACCAGUAUGAGCCUCCAUGAGUGCCAGGUCAACCUCUACUGCCUGACUACUCACCCUUAUCCAAAAUAUCAUCCCAUCCUGGAGUUAUCUGUAAUAAAUGUUCCAUUAGAGUUGGAGCCUCUUUCCUUUGAUGGCUUCUACUCUAAUGGAACCUGCACUAAGGCAGUUGGGCUCCUCUCCAGGCCGCUGCCACCCUGGUUGUGAACACUUGAUGAGCCGCUCACACCCACAUCAGUCAUGCAUCAGCCAGCCAGGGUGGGUGUGGGCGUGGAUUGAGCUACAUGUGCAAUGCUGACGAUGCUCAUAUUUCUAUAAAUUGGUGUUUUGUCAUGACAUAACUUGGGAUCAUUGUCAUGGUCUUGCUACUGUAAACAUAAUUAUUCAAAAGAGCAUACGUUUAUACUGUUGUACGAGAUAGUUGAAAGUGAGGAUCAUACAGCUAUGUAAGAUAUACAGCAGUACAGUUACAGUGCUUGAAACCUUUUAAAAAAUUGCAUAAUAAGUUUAUACAUGUAUCACAUUUUAUCUUCAAGAUAUAUUUUAAAAAAUAUAAGAGACCAACAAUUAUUCUAUGAUGACUCACCUAAGGCUAUCAUAACCCAGUUCUCGUCCAUAGUCUACUGAGGGUUUCCCAUAUCAGGUCUUGAGUGGCAUUCUUCACUUUUUUUUAAUUUAUAGACUUAAAAGCUAAACUAUGUUAUUGUUUCUUAUGCUGUCUCCCUCAGUUGCAUAUUAGUGAUAUUAUAAACCAUGUGGUUUGUAUUUUAAACUUUAUGAGAUUCAGUUUUAUAAUCUGAGACUCUGGGUUUUUCUAAAGAUAGUGAUAGAAUUUUUUAAUAUUUUCCUCAUUAUAUAAUUAUAAUUUUAAGAAUAUAUUGUUAAAUACUAGUUAUUAAUAAUUUGUACUCAGCAAAACUUGUUCUCUUGCUACAAUGCCAUAUAUUAUUAAUUAUAGAAGCAAAUAUUAGAAGUUUUUCAUGUGCCUGUUUGAAAUGUGGGGGUCAUCAUGUAUGUAAUUCCUCAGAGAACUUAUAAGUGCAAGUAUAUCUUCAUAGUGAGGAUGUCCACAUUACACUCAGUGCCUCAUAGUUUUUAAGCUAUAUAUAGAUGAGCCAGUUAGGAUGUUAGUUUAUAGGCAAUAAUAUUAUUAAUAAGUUACAGUGGGUGGAACUUUGCUGGCUAUGCACUGGCCAGUUUCAUCAAACACUGUCAGGAUUAAGUUUGUAUAAUAUUUAUAUAUAGGGCAUUUUCUUAACAUUUCAAUUUAACUGAGAUGUAUAGAAAACAUGUCAAGCUUCCCCAAAUUGGGAUAACAUUCUGCAACAUCUAGUCAGAAUCUCUGCAUUAAUAUCAUAUCUGUGCCAUAUAUUGCCUAAUUUGUCUUACCUAAGAAAACACGUGUUAAUUAAAUUGUUAACUGACGAGUACCUUCCAUAAAAUAUAAAGUAACUAAAGUCAUCAAUCUUAAAACCUAACCUUUGACUUGUUACUUAAGUAUGUGUUCACUGUGAAUUGGUAUUUCAACUAAUUUCUUAUUUCAAUCAGGUAUCCCUUGGAAUAAUUUCAGAUCUAGAAAUGUUCACUUUUAAAUUCUAAAUAAAAAUAUUCUUAUCAAAUGAGACAGCAUUUGAGAUAGACACAUUUAUUUAAUAUGAAAUGACUUUACUGAGUAUAGUCAUUUGACAGUGUGUUAAUAUAAAUCUAAAAGUUAUCAAGAUUCACAUAAUAUCAUGCAGCACAGCUUAGAAAUAAUUAGAUGAAAUGGUUUACUGUAUAGUUAUUAGGUUAAAAUAUCUCUUGCAUUAUUAAGAUAACAUUGAAAUAUAUAAAGUCAAAGUACUCUGUGUUAAGUCAUGGGAACAUUUAAAAAGGUAGCCAUAAUUGGCAGAAAAACAACAGUAUUUUAGGUAGGUUAGAAAACUUAAAAUACUAUUAUAUAAGUAAAAUUUCUAUUGAAUUACUCCUGUAAAACCUUUUGGUUUGUAUAAUACUGGUACUUAACAUGAAACAGCAGAAGGUUGAUUAUCUGCAUCAUCAUCAUGGCUGGCUACCUGAUGAUUCAUCUAGUCAGAAAAAAUGCUUAUACAAAUGUAUAAAGCACAGUCCACGUUGCCUUAUGAGUGCCUUUAAUGGAUACAUGUUAUGCAGCUUCUAAGCCAGUGUGUUAUAAUGAGAUGAAUUUCUUGAUAUUUGAAGGAAAAAAAUCUUGUUGUAUGUACUCAGAACUCUUUGAGUGACAUUCUGUAAUAAUCUUUUGUACAGUAGAACUUGAGAUUUCAGUCAUUAGUCUACAGGUAAAUUAAUGUGUGGUGGAUGGAAAGUGAAUUUUAUACAUAUGCGUUUGGAAUUAUAAUACUGUAUAUUAGGUUCAGAAAUGUCUAACACUUUAUGCAGUGUUAAUGACUAUUGAUGAAAUGACUGUAUUUGAUACUGCCUGUAUUUACAGUUGUAGUGCUUUAUGGAUGCUGAGAUGUUCAUUUUAUUUUUGAGUUUGAAGCAUGUUGUUUUAAGACAUACAAUAUACAGAUGGGUAAUUAUGAUGAAAAGACUAUGGCAGAACGGAGACCUCUAUGACAACAUUUUGCUUGGAGCCAAGUUCAGUCUCCAGGCAAAACAUUAUUCAGUGAAGGUUAACUUUCUGAUAUAAUGCCAUUUUUAUCAGCUCAUUAGUUUUUACAACUUCUCUCUUGGUAAUUAUGUUGAAUAUAAAUUAAUUGUAUGUCACAGGUAUUAUUAAUUUGAGACAGUUUUCAUUAAAACAUCAGUUUGAAGGUAAUGAAUGAUUAAAACAAAAACUAUGCUACCAAUAUGUAUAAAGGAAUAAAGCUCAGAACUUAAUUUUUACAACACAUGAAGUUUUAAGUUUAAGAUCCAAGUGUUAUCAGUGAGUAUUCUCUUGAUACAUACUAAAAAAAGUUUCAGUUCAGGCUUACAAAGGUGAUGUAAUGGUAGCAGUCUCAGUAUUUUUAUACAGUCUUCUUCUAUGGAGUGAGUUGGAAAUUUGAAGUAUGAUAUUAAUGAGAAUUUAUGUCAGCUUAUCUAGAGCAGCAUGAUGAUAAUUAAUUGAGCUUAUAAAGUCUAUGUAUAUGAAGAAAAAGCUUAGUUUUAUAUCAUUUGGCUCUAACUGCCCACUGAGCCUGUUAAUUUUUUUUUUGCACCAUUUACACUGGUGUGCCACUUACUGGCAUGCAACACCCGCAACUCUGUGCUAGCUAUACUUCUUAAAUAUAUUCCUCAAUUUUUAUUUGACGUCUCUCGUAUUCUUUUAUGCCUGUAUGUACUUUCUUCCAAGAUUCAGUAUAUUGUGACAGUCCUUUAAUUUUACUUACAUAGUAUUUCUUCUGUUAGAAGCAGUCGGUAACUGUUGUUUAUUUUGAGUACAGGGCAUUUCCUCAGGCAGUAGAGUGAGAGUGACACAGUUUUUAUGAUGCUUCAUUACUGUGCUUCUUGUAUAUUUAUAUGCAUUCAUAGAGUACCAAAUAUUUUUAAAUGUAUAUAUGAAUGAAGAUUCAUUUUUUCUAGUUUAUUUUAAUAACCAAAUAAAUCUCUUUGUCAUUCCACUACCUGUUGAAAUGUCUGAAACUAUGCCAAGAAGUUUUUUUUUUUUUUUUUUUUUUUUGGCAAAUUGAAUACCUGCUCUAACAUCAACAUUUAAAAGUAUAGAGAAAGUCAGUAAAAAUUUGUUUGGAUGUUAAUGCAUGAUGCUUAUGACUGAAUGUAGAAAGAGUACUUACUGUAAAUAUAUAUAAAUAUAUAUAUAUAUAACAAGGACCAUGAAUUAUCAUGAGUGCAGAACUGAAUCUUAAGUAUAACUUUUAGUGCCUUUUGAAAAUAAAGCAUAAUGCUUAAAAUGUUGUUAUAUGACCUAGAAAUUGAUUGCAAUAUUGAAUAUGUGUAGUGAUGCCUUGAAAUUUGCACAGAUUUGGCAUUUAUUGGUAAUGUCUAUUUUAGAGAUUAUUAGACAAUAUUUGUAAAAUGUUUAAGUAAAAAAUGGAGCAGUCACUAAAGCUCAUAAAUUAACUAGAUAUUUAGUGACAAAUAAAGUAUGCGAAAUGAAGUAAUUAUGUACUUUUAUUGCUGUUAUUAAUUGUUAGACAAUCACCAGUAGUGCAAAAUUAUAUCAUACAAGCCAUUGUUUCAUUUUGAUUUUGUAUGUACGUACUUUAUUUAUAUACAAGAGACUCUUGAUUAAGAAAUUAAAUAUCACAUAGAGCUAUA